AUGCUACCCCUCACAUUGAGCCAACUCCUCGACGACUGGGAAUUCGAUAAGUAUGAGAGCACCCCUAAAAAGGCCCGCUUCGCAUUGGAGUCGCACUUUGACAACAUGCUCGCCUUCGACGACGAGGGCGAUCUUUGGAUAGAUGUGGGCGGCGGAGAAGCUAAGGCUGGCGACGGCGGCCGUCAGAGGCCCGGGCUAUAUCGCUUCCGGGUCUGCUCCCAAACUCUGCGGCGGAAGUCUCAGGGCUGGGACGACGUGCUCUCUGAGUCAUAUCGGAAACGGAAGGCCGAGCCCGAUGACGGCAGCAAACAGGAAGAAUUGGUCGUGGUGCUGCCCGACCACCAGCCAGGGGCGGUCGCUGUAUUGCUUGCUGUCAUCCAUAACCGGCUGGACAUGAUGCCCCCGUCGCAAAACCGCAUCCAUAGCCACUACGAGGCCAUCUCGGCCAUCCCCUCCGUGUCCGACGACUAUGACGUGGUGCACCUGUUCUCGCCGUUUGUCUCGGCCUGGGUCCAGUGCGGCCGACUGCCUCACUACACUCGCGGCAUGACGUACGACUACACCACCAUAGUCCACCGCCUGAACAUUGCCUGGCAGACGGGGGCCGUAGAUUUGCUGAAGGAUGCCAUCAAUCAUUUUUUAUUUAGGAUGACCAAAGUGGAGCUAGACAAGUUGUGGGAUGCUGCGAACAACACUCCCACUAUUGCGAUCUUUCCGACGUUGUUGAUGUUCGUCGAAGACCUCGCGGCGGUUCGGCAGAAGUUGAUCCAGUCGGCCCUGCGCUUUUACGAGCAGGUGACAGAUGGCCUCCGCAAGAACUCCACGACGGGCUGCAAAAAGGCUAUGUUUGGGGCAGUUGACAGGGCUGCCGUCUAA